AUUGGUACAACAGUAAGCUCUGUGUUGUACUUGUGUUCUGCCACGCAGGCACACUGAAGUCAACCAACCACAGAGCAUGGGUGGGAUCAGCCCGAGCACGGAUAGCCACGUAGCUAGCUACCAUCGUUAUCUGUGUAGGCAAGUGCUCGUGUCGGUCUAUUUUCUUCAUAAUAACAUAGUUAUUCUUCACACAAGUUGUGUGGACGUUUAAGACGCUAACGCCAGUGAAAGUUACAAUGGACUUACCACACCAUGGGUACAGAGCAACUAAACCAAGAGCUCGUGCAGCUCCCCCCACAGCAGAUUCUGUUCUCUUUGAAGACACCAGCUCUGCUGCAUCAGCAAUGCCCAGUCAGGGAUUCUACACUCAAGCGUACGAUAUGGGGGAACCCUCGAAUAACAUGCAGGGAGGUGCUGGGGUGAACAACCUGUUUACUGACCCUGUGGCCAAUGCUGCAAUGAUGUAUGGCUCUUCUUUAGCCAACCACGGGAAAGAUAUGGUAAACAAAGAGAUCAGCAGAUUCAUGUCCAUGAACAAGCUGAAGUACUUCUUUGCCGUUGACAGCAGAUACGUGCUGAAGAAACUUAUAAUCCUCAUGUUCCCUUAUACACAUCAGGACUGGGAAGUUCGUUACCAUCGAGACACUCCACUGACUCCAAGACAAGAUGUGAAUGCACCUGAUCUUUACAUACCAACAAUGGCUUUCAUUACCUACAUUUUACUUGCUGGAAUGGCCCUUGGCAUUCAGAAAAGGUUCAGUCCAGAGGUUCUUGGACUGUGUGCCAGCACUGCCCUCGUGUGGAUCAUCAUCGAGGUCUUGGUGAUGCUGUUGAGUUUGUACCUGCUGACAGUGCACAGUGAUCUCUCAACCUUUGAUCUCAUCGCCUACAGUGGAUACAAAUAUGUUGGGAUGAUCUUUACAGUCUUGUGUGGCUUACUGUUUGGCAGUGAUGGUUAUUUUGUGGCACUUGUCUGGUCUUCUUGUGCGCUUAUGUUCUUCAUUGUUCGAUCGCUGAAAAUGAAGAUUCUUCCCUCUAUCUCGUCAGACACCAUGGGAACAGGAUCAAGUGCCAAACCUCAUUUGCGCCUUUAUAUCACUGUGGCCACUGCAGUCUUUCAGCCAAUCAUUAUAUAUUGGUUAACCUCUCACUUGGUCAGGUGACUUUAAUAACCCGAUGUUCAAGUGUUAUUGGACCUAAAAACAAUGUGCUUGUACACCUGCCCUUAUAUACUUUUUUUUUUUGUCAGUAAACACAAAACCUGUAGGCAGUGCUGAGCUGCAGUGUGUGCUCAGCUUGGCAGAUGGACAUAUUCAUAAUCAAACACUUUCAUUGAUCUAACCACAAAGUGUGCCACAGAAAAUGUAUAAAGACUGUUGCUUUCCACUGUGAGUCCACAGUAACCCUGACAAAUGCUUAUUUUUGAUCACCUAACUUUGAAUACAAGGGUUUUCAUUGAGAGAUUAGUUUAAUCAAACUUGGUUCCAUUUCAAGUGUUACUGGACAAGCUUUACAGUAUUUACAAGUCACAGCCAGAAACACACGGUUCAAGUACCAUUUUUCUGCUAAGGUCAGUGUUGGUGCGUUAUCUCCCCCUCUCUUGUGAAUCUCUGAUUUUAUUUAUCUAUAUUUGACAAAGCAUGAUAAUGUUUGGAUUUUUGUAGAAAAAAUAAAUAUGUUUAGCUUUGAGUAUUACCAAA